AUGUCUGUUAAUAAGCUGCAGCAAGGGAUGUUCCGCCGAUAUGGCUUCGCAAUCUGGUCAAAAGCCUGCUAUCAUAGACAGUAUAGAUUUGUUGACGGUGUCUUGGCACCCAACGCAAAUUUUAGGUCGCAAUGUGAAUGCUAUUACGAAGAUAUGAACGCCAGUUUGCCUCAGGAUAAGCAAUUAGACAGUUCAAUUGAGCUGCCAAAACAGGUGCCACUUUAUCAGAAACACUUAUUAGUGAUUUCUCCCCAGGAUAGGAAUCCAGAGAGGUUGGAGUGGAAGACGGCGUGGCAAAGUAGGCUUGAAUUGAACAAUCAAUGGCCAUACUCCGUGAUUUCAAAGUUGAAAGAGCAUUUGAAAGAUUCACAGUCCGGCUCAGGUAUUCUCGUUAAUGCUGUGGCGAUGGUGAGCGGCGAUAUUAAGCCCCUGGAAACGAACAGUGAUCGAAUCGCCCACAUAUUUGUUCUUCCAGACAGCAAGCUUUAUGCCAUCCAUGAGCGACAGAUUGAGGACUUUGCGCAUUUUAUAGGUGGUGGCAGAGUGAACCAAUCAGUCGAUCACAAACCUAGCUUCAAUGACUACUUAAGAGGCGCUGACAACGUUCAGAUCCUACCAGAAGCCGGGAGUUUGCGAGGAUCAGACCCUCAUGAAGACCUAUUUGAUUAUAAAACGAGCAGAAAGGACUGGAUCCUGGUGUGUGGGCACUACCAAAGAGAUCAAAGGUGUGGUCUAAUUGGCCAGGAUUUGAUAAAAGUGAUUGAAGACAGGGGCCUGGGUCGGAACAAGAAUGUUGGGUUGAUUUCGCAUAUCGGCGGUCACAAGUACGCCGGUAACGUUAUCUUAUACAAUAGUUAUCCUUCUAAGGAUAAGCUGGGAAAAUACCUGCUGAACUGCUUGUGGUUCGGAAAAGUCGUGCCUCCAAAUGUUUUAUUACUCUUCGAACAUCUGGAGAACGGCAUGAUACCGAAGGAGUUGUACCGUGGAGGAAUGUCUAUGGACUAA